AUGCCCAAAUCGGACCUUUCGCCCAACUCAGGCACCUCAGUUUCACUUCACGCCUCCCCGAGCAUCAUUGCGAGUGUCGGGCCAGCGGACGAGGCCCGCGUGACCUGGCGCACCCUUUUGCACUCUUGGCGAGGCGCCGUAGCACAUCAUGUUCUGACAAGUGCCUCGCAGCUCCCCGUGGCUCUUCACACCGUGCUCUCCUCUUCUUCUCCUCCCUCUCCUCUCCUCUCCUCUCCUCUCCUCUCUUCUCCUCUCCUUUCUUCUCCUCCCUCUCCUUUGCUCACUUGUCCUUAUCUCUCCUCUGCAUCUCUCCUCUCAUCCCUCCUCUCUUCUCUUCUCCUCUCUUUCCCUCCCUCUCCUCUGCUCUUUUCUCCUCUCCUCUCCUCCUCCUCUUUUUUUUCCUCCCUCUCUUCUACUCUUUUCUCCUUAUCUCACCUGUCUCUCUCUUCUCCUCUCCUCUUCUCCUCACCUCUCCCCUCCUCUCCUUGCCUCUCCUUGUUAUUUUCUUCUCUUCUCCUAUCCUCUCUUUUCCUCCCUCUCCUCUGCGCUCUCCUCCUCCUCUCUGCUCUUCUCCCUCUUUUCUUCUCAUCUCUUCUCUCUUUUCUUUCCUCUCCUUUGCUCCUUUCUCCUUAUCUCACCUCCGUCUCUCCCUUCUCCUCUACUAUCCUCUCCUCUCUUCCCCUUUCCUCUUUUCCUCCCUCUCCUCUGCACUUUUCUCCUUAUCUCACGUUUGUCUCUCCCAUGUCGUUUCCUCUCUCCUCACCUCUUCUCUCCUUUCCUCUCUUCCUUUUUCCUCCCUUUUCUCUUCUCUUCUGUUCUCCUCUCCUCUCUUUUCCUCCCUCUCCACUCCUCUUUUCUCCUAAUCUCUCCUCUGUCUCUCCCUUCUCCUUUCCUCUUCUCUCCUCACCUCUCCUUUCCUCCUUUUUCUCCUCUUCUCUCCUCUCUUUUCCUCCCUCUCGUCUGCUCUUUUCUCCUUAUUUCACUUCUGUCUCUCCCUUCUCCUCUUCUCUUCUCUCCUCACCUCUCCUCUCAUUUCCUCUCCUCCUUUUUCUCCCUCUUCUCUUCUCCCCUCUCCUCUGCUCUCCUCUCUUCCUCCCUCUCCUCUGCUCUUUUCUCCUUAUCUCACGUUUGUCUCUCCCUUGUCGUCUCCUCUUCUCUUCUCUCCUCACCUCUUCUCUCCUUUCCUCUCCUCCUUUUUCCUCCCUUUUCUCUUCUCUUCUGUUCUCAUCUCUCCUCUCUUUUCCUCCCUCUCCACUCCUCUUUUCUCCUAAUCUCUCCUCUGUCUCUCCCUUCUUCUCUCCUCUUUUCUUCCCAUCUCCUCUCCUCUCUUUUCCUCCCUCUCCUCUGCUCUUUUCUCCUUAUCUCACCUCUGUCUCUCCCUUCUCCUUUCCUCUUCUCUCCUCACCUCACCUCUCCUCCUUUUUCUCCCUCUUCUCUCCUCUCCUCUUUUCCUCCCUCUCCUCUGCUCUUUUCUCCUUAUCUCACCUCCGUCUCUCCCUUCUCCUUUCCUCUUCUCCUACCUCCCCUCUCCUCUCC